AUGAGCGGCUAUAGCCGGCUAGGGUUUGUGGGGAAGAUGGAGUAUUCCGCGUUGGGCACCGCGGAGGCUGCGGACAGCGGCGCGGCCCGGCCGUACAACAACUCGGAGGAGCGGGAGGGCCGGGAACCCGACGGGCUGCGCUUCGACCGCGAGAGGGCGCGCCGCCUCUGGGAAGCAGUGUCCGGGGCCCAACCAGUGGGGAGGGAGGAAGUGGAACACAUGAUCCAGAAGAACCAGUGUCUCUUCACCAGCACCCAGUGUAAGGUUUGCUGCGCCUUGCUAAUUUCUGAGUCCCAGAAGCUGGCACACUACCAGAGCAAAAAACAUGCCAACAAAGUGAAGAGAUACCUAGCAAUCCAUGGAAUGGAGACAUUAAAGGGGGACACGAAGAAGCUAGACUCAGAUCAGAAGAGCAGCAGAAGCAAAGACAAGAACCAGUGCUGCCCCAUCUGUAACAUGACCUUUUCCUCCCCUGUCGUGGCCCAGUCGCACUACCUGGGGAAGACCCACGCAAAGAACUUAAAGCUGAAGCAGCAAUCCACUAAGGUGGAAGCUCUGUCGAAACGCCUUACAAACCCUUUCCUUGUGGCCUCCACCUUAGCCUUGCACCAGAAUAGAGAGAUGAUAGACCCAGACAAGUUCUGCAGCCUCUGCCACGCGACUUUCAAUGACCCUGUCAUGGCUCAGCAACAUUAUAUGGGCAAGAAACACAGGAAACAGGAGACCAAGCUCAAACUUAUGGCACACUACGGGCGGCUGGCCGACCCUGCUGUCACUGACUCAUCAGCCGGGAAGGGCUACGCCUGCAAGACAUGUAAGAUAGUGCUGAACUCCAUAGAACAGUACCAAGCUCAUGUCAGCGGCUUCAAACACAAGAACCAGUCACCAAAAACAAUGGCAUCACCUCUGGGCCAGAUUCCCAUGCAAAGGCAACCCAUUCAUAAAGACUCAGCCACCUUGGAAAACUAGAGGUGUUUCUGUCCAGCACUCCAGGUUGAACCAGCCAUGAGCCAACUUUCUGUGACUAUGGUCAGCCCUUGGCUCCUUCUUCCUCCUUUCUUACACCUGGAGAAUACACAGGCCUGAGGCAGGAGUGGACCACAGAGAGCGUCUGAUUGGUCCAGGCAAAUCCACCCCUGCUCCUCCCCUUUUUGGAAUGGGCCCUGUAGGUCAGGAUGAGGGAAGCAGAGAUCUUGACAGGACUUGGGGUAUCCCAGAAUGGUAGUUUGGAGGACGGCCUUUCCCCUUCCCCAGCUCCUCUGGGCUAUAUGUCAUGAGGCCCCAGGCCUAUCUUUCCUUUGCAGGUCAGUUUUGGACCAGUCCCUGCAGCUGAAGAACUGAGCUCUCCCUGGGCUCUAGGUAUCUCCAGUGAAACCUGGAGCUUUCACGCCAGACCUUGGCCUAGGCAGGAAAGGGCAGAUGGAAGUGGCUGCCACAUGGAAACUUGGAGUUAAUAUGACACUCCCUCUCCCCCAAAAGAGUGCAAGCUUUCCUGAGCCUGGGAUCGGAUGCUGGCCAGUUGUACAGAUUUCUGCCGACUGUGAAGUCUCCUCCUAGAGCAAUGACACAGUCCUGGCAGAGCAUUGCUAUUCCUCUUACCCCCCAUUCUCCACAGUUCCUGAAUGGUGCUAAGAAUCUGCAGCAAGUGAGGACAAGCUAGAGCCGAAGGAGGCCUCAGUACCCAGUGGGAUGGGUACUGGAAACCUCCAAUAGAGGCCUUUCCCCUCCUCCAUCAGAGGUGCUCUGACACAGGGUCAUGUGGGAAGGUCCCCACAUGCAAAUUUCCUUGAUGGUUUUGUACCCUUAAAAGGAAACUGCCUUGUGCCAGCCAGCUCAGAGGUUAAUUGCUGCCCUUCAGCCCUGCUAGCCCUCUCCUUCCCCUUGUGCAGCAGACCAUCUGCCCAGGUUGCUGUGGUGCUAGUCCUCCCCCAUCAUCCCCCAGGAGAUUCUGGGGACCAAGGAGCAGGAUGGGCCCCUAAGGGAAGAAAAGAGCUGGUGUAAGUUUCUGCAGUGAGGAAACAGACUUUUCCCUGACCCCACACCUAGAUUUCUCUAACACUGCUGUGUUUUAUGGCCUGGCACUUCACUGGGAGUGGACUUUACCUUGUAGCUUUCAAACAGGAAUUCCAGGGAGAGUUACCAUCUGAGGUCCCUCUUCACUGGGUCAAAGAAGCCUGCAGCUGCUCUCGUGAUCUCCUCCCCACACUUCCUGUCCCUUCGCCUGUAAAUGCCUUUAUGUAUCGUGUAUGUGUGUGGGGGGGGUGCUUAUGCUCUAUCUCUUGGUCACUGAAGCAUCUAAAUAAACAAUUUCUCCAAUGAGCCAGACUGCAACUUAACAGA